AUGAGUUCAUUGUAUUAUGCGAAUGCUUUAUUUUCUAAAUAUCCAGCCGCAAGUUCGGUUUUUGCCACCGCCGGAGCCUUCCCCGAACAAACUUCUUGCGCGUUCGCUUCCAAUCCCCAGCGCACCGGCUAUGGAGUGGGUUCGGGGGCGUCCUUCGCCGCCGCCGCCUCGAUGCAGGGCUUGGUACCCCCGGCGGGGGGGGGCAUGGCGGGCCAGAGCGCAGCCGGCGUCUACGCGGCCGGCUACGGGCUCGAGCCGAGUUUCUUUCAACAUGCACUGCGCGCCUUUGAGCAGAACCUCUCCGGGGUGUGUCCCGGGGACCCCGCCAAGGCGGCGGGCGCCAAGGAGCAGAGGGACUCGGACUUGGCGGCCGAGAGUAACUUCAGGAUCUACCCCUGGAUGCGAAGCUCAGGGACCGACCGCAAGCGAGGUCGCCAGACCUACACGCGCUACCAGACGCUGGAGCUGGAGAAAGAGUUCCACUACAAACCGCUACCCUGACCCGGCCGGCGCGACGCAUCGAGAUCGCGCACAGCGCUCUGCCUGACCGAGAGGCAGAUCAAAAUCUGGUUCCAGAACCGGCGCAUGAAGUGGAAAAAAGAGAAUCAAGACUCGGGUCCUGGAGCCACUGGUCAAGACAAGGCCGAGCUGAGGGAGUGA